AUGUCAGCGUCUCUGGAAACAAUUCAUCUACCCCACCUCCCCUCGUCGCUAGAGGUCCAUGCUGCGCUCUACAAAGAUGUACAGAAUGCUGCUUCUCUGAGGCAGCAGCUUCUGUCAGCCAAUUCAAAUUUCGAAUAUGCAUUUAUUGACGCAAGUAUGGUUAUCUCUCGAGCACAUGCUCUCUCAGCUGUCUUUCGUGCCGUCAAUGACUACCUCAAUGAGCGCCUGAAGUCUCGCAAUAUCCACUCGGAAAUUGUCUUUUCGUUCAGCCCAACGAAUAACAUCGCCGACUCUUUUAGAAAGUUCGGUAUAAGCGACACCACCUGCAACCUACUGGUGGUCAAAGUUUCUGUGACUCCGGAUAUUACCCAUGACUCUGUCGCCGCACACCUAGCACAGAACGUCCAGGGCACGCUUUUACCAUUCGAUGACGAAGCACUCGCAGGGAUCUCCGACGUAGCGAAGAUCAAGAGGGCAUAUAAACUGGGCUCUUUGCCGUCCGCUUGUUCAAAGCAAGCGAAUGGUGCACCUGAUGAGGGGAAGAGGCAGCUCGAGCUAUCUGUAUUGGGAGCGAUUGCAUUGCGGGGAGCGACCUGA